AUGUACACACCACCACCAUCAUGGCUCGCCAUCUCAGCCUUGUUACUCCACCCCACCUACGCUUUCUACCCAUACUCCCCCUCCGCUAAUGGCGCCGCGCCACCAUCUUCGCGCUCUCUGGAUGCCACCUCUUUUGACUCCAACUCACACUCGCUCACCCUCCCCAUCCGCCGUGUCCCCACACGCCGACAAAACGUUUACAACAUUGUGAACUCACGCGACCCCACGCAAUCCAACAGCGUGGCCAUUGACCAAGAUGGAAAAGACAUAAGCUACAUGGUCGCCGUAUCUUUCGGCGACAGCAAAGAGGAAUACCACAUGUUGCUUGAUUCAGCGGCGAGCAACACAUGGGUUAUGAGCCAGGAUUGCAGCACCGAUGCGUGUAAGACGCAUACACUGUUUGGGAAGGAGGAUUCGACUAGUCUCAAGACAACCACCGAAUCCUUCAGCAUAACCUACGGCACCGGCUCCUCUAGCGGAACCCUCGCAACAGACACGCUCCACCUAGGCCCUUUAUCCCCCACCCUGACUUUCGGCCUCGCAACCAACGUCUCCUCUGAAUUCCGCUCCUACCCCAUGGACGGCAUCCUCGGUCUCGGCCGUGGCACUUCUUCCCCCUCCACUUCUUCCUCCGCAGAAACCCCACAAAUAAUGGACAUCCUAACCACAACCUCACUUAUAACCUCCAAAAUCUACGCCCUCCACCUCCCGCGUGCCUCCGCCCUCGACGGCGAAUUAAACCUCGGCUCUGUCAAUACGGCACGCUUCAGUGGCUCCAUCAACUACAUCCCUUGCAUACCCAGCAGUACCGGGUUCUGGGAAAUCCCCCUUUCAGCCGCAUCCGUCGAAGGCGCUGAUGUCGCUUUGGCGGGCCCCCGCACUGCGAUUAUUGAUACGGGCACGUCGUUUAUCCUCCUUCCGCCCGCCGAUGCACUCGCCAUCCACCAGAAGAUAAAGGGAUACAGUCAAAACGGCGAAACUUUCUUCGUCCCUUGCGACACCAGCGCGGUCAUUCAAUUUUCGUUCAACAAGCAAAACUACAACAUCUCAACUGCGGACUGGGUGGGCGAGAAAGUGGAUGCCGAGGGCAAGGUCUGUAGGAGUAAUGUUGUGGGAAGGCAGACGUUUGGCGAGGCGCAGUGGUUGGUUGGGGAUGUGUUUUUGAAGAACGUGUACACUGUUUUUGAUUUUGAGAAGAGUAGGGUGGGGUUUGGGGUCAAGGUUGAGGGUGUGGACGGUGUGGCGGGUACUGAGGCUGGCAGUGGAAGUGGGAAUGGGACGGUGGCAACGACGACUGCGGCGGGAAGUAUGGCGCCGCAGAAUUCGGGGGCGGCGACUACAUCUGCGGCAAAGGCACAGGAUCAGCAGGGUGGUGCGGGUGUGUAUGCUGCACCGCUUCUGCUUAUGAUUGGUGUCAUGGGAGCGUCACUUUUGGUGCUGAUGUAG